GGGGUUUCUCUGUCGAUUCCAGCGACGAUGAGACCCCGUGGCUCAUGGUACUUCAACCGUGAUCCACUGCAUCUUCUUGGCGAGGCUAUUCCAAUCAAAAUCAAGGGAGCUGUGGAGGGGAGACGUUUCCACGAGACUCUGACGGUAAGAGCUCUACCGGCGGAGUUGCGACGCGGUGUGGAAGAAGGAGACUUCACGGCGAAGAACGAAAGAGGAAGGUGGUUAGAUUUGGGGUCGAGCGACGCAGGAGGUCUCACGGGGCUAUCGGUUCAUGGGGGAGGUCGUCUGUGGUCCGGUGAAGCUAUGCCACCGUCGUUGGAUUCCUCAUCUACUUCCUACCGCUCGGCUCUACGGUGGCGGGAUGGCAACAGAUCGUGGGUCUCCAUCUCCGUUCGGCUUACGUCGUCCUGGCUUGCUGGAGGUCCUUUUUCCGACUGUAUCGGCUCAGCAUAUAAUGCAAAGGGCUUCAUGGAAUGUCCAAACUGUAGGAAUAUAGAACCAGGUGAAUGGCGGUUUGCAAACGGCACCCAUUUCAAUGCCGAUAAUAUGAUUGCUAAUGGUGAUGAACAAGAAGAAGACAAUGAUCCUGGAUGCUUCUCUCAAUUGAUUGUAAAAUCGGAGGUGUGCCCUUUUGGAUGCUUAGGUCAACGAUAUCCCUUUGAUCAUCUGCAAUGUCUUUAUGUAGAGUGUUCUUUCUACAUUACUGAGUACUUUACUCGUGAAGUCUCUGAGAGUUCAUAUUCAAGUAGCCAAGAGGACACAAACACUGAAGAAGUCCCUAAUCCUAUUGGUUCACCUGUGAUACCACCAUUUACUUAUCGCAGCCCAUAUCCGUUGUUUCCGCAUAUUCCCGUACCAUCUAACAGAAAUAUUUUCUGGAGUUUCUUACGCCCAGGGGUGAUGAGAGCUAGGCAUUACCUUUCCCAUCCAUUUUUCAACCAUAGUCUCUUAGGAAGAUCCGGCAUCUCAAUGGUUAAUGCACCAAUGGCUUCGUCAUAUACAAGCACCAGCACAAUGCAACUUAACCCAUCUAACGUAUGGGAGAGUACUCAGCCUUUCUUGUCGCAGAGACAUCAUUUCAUGGUCGAAUAUGAGUUAUACCGUAUGAUUUAUGGUGACCGAAACGAAAUGGGAGAAGGAAGCGGCAACCAUGGAGGCAGCGGAAGCAAUGGAAACAAUGAUGACGGAGGAAGCGGCAACUUUGGUGGAAAUGGCAACGGCAAUGUGAUAAGUGGCUGAAGCUGAAGUGGUCGUGGUAGCUUAUGUGACUAUAAACCAUACUAAGUAUCUUUAUCAUGUCUUUUUGAUUCUCAUAAACCUUUAUUUUAAUU